AUGGCCCAUCCAGAAACAACCCAGAGGAGCAUGCGUCCGCCUGAUCAGCUCCCGCAGCUGGUUGUUAUGAACAUAACUACAGGCAUGGAAUUCUGCCGUAUGAGGGGACAUACCGACGCUAUCAUGUGGGCAGAAUGGUCCGUGGACGAAGAGACUAUCGCAACAGCUAGUUGGGACCGGACUUACCGCAUCUGGAACGCCUUGACAGGCAAUUGCAAACAUGUCAUUGGCCCGACAAAUGGGCAGAAUUGGUGUGGUGGUUUCUUCGGAGAUGGGAAACACGUGUUGUUAACUGGCGCUACGCCUACGAAAGUGAGCACUUAUGACAUCGGGACCGCCCAACAAAGGCAUGUCUUUGUACCCCCGGAGGGAAUCAAGUUGGACUGGAUGCGCUGCCUCGCAGUACACCCUGUGAGGGAUUUAGUCAUUCUCCAGAAUGGUCGUGCUCUACUUGCGUGGAAUCCCUGUCUCUCAGGCUCGCAGGCUUCUAAUGUACAAGUCAUUUUCACUCUGAAGCCUGCUGAGAACUUUUUUGUAAAUCGACGAGGAGGUGUACAGACGCUGAAAUGGGUUGAUGGUGGAACAAAGCUUCUCGCUCAAGGAGAAGAACACACAAUCUAUGUGUGGGAUAUAGAAAGGCAUGUGAAAUGGAGAUUCCAGAGGCCGAAGGGCAGAGCGAUCGAGGAUGGAAGCGGGAUUGAUGUAUUAUAUUAUUUCAGGAGAAAGGAAGCAGAGUGGGUCGUUUCAGUAGGGGAGAACAGAGCGAGACUCUGGCGACUAUAG